AUGGAGAUCACGCUCUUCGAUGUGACCGCCGAGAACGCGGAUAUCCGCAUCGGGCUCCUCGUGGAGGGCGACAAGGCGUGCGAUGGUUGCGCGAAGUGGGCUUCGAAGGAACUGCCGAACCUGACCUGGGCGCAGAUCGUCAAACACCUCGACGCAGGCGACGUGGACGACCUGUUCGAUAACCACCCCGUGCUGGGCACCGCGACGCCGCAUCUGCACGAGCGCAGCCUGCAGCUGUUCGAGAACAAACACGUGGGGCACGAGAUGUACACGAAAUGUUCGGCUCUCACUGAGGGUGACGUGACCAGGAUAUACGAGAAGAGCCCAACGACGCUGAAGUUGGUCCCCUAUUUGGUUCCGCACCGCCCGAGGCCGCUGAUCAUAUACCCUGUGAAGUUGCCUGCUGGCGUCAAGGAAGACUACCCAGUACUGAGGAUCUUCCACCAUACCUCGAUGGGAUACGCUGCAGGCGCAUUCAAGGCUCAAGCAGCUGAGCUGUUCCAGAAGCACGGGCAGGUUCUGUUGUUCGCGGCGACCGUUAAGUCGAAGGACGACGAGGGCGCAAAGGACGACCCCUCCAACACCUUCGACAGGGGCGUCUACGCGGCCAUUCCGAGCCACAGUGACGUCACCAAGCGCAAGGAGAAGGUGCUUGAGAAGGCGCGGAGGUGUGCGAAGCUGCCUCGUGCAGACCAGGACGAGGACGCCUCCAGCGAGCAGGGCCCCCUCGCCGAGGAGUUAGCAGCAGCGUCCGCCGCGCGCGGGGGGGCGGGAGAUCCAGCCGCCUCAUCGCUAGGGUGUGCCCCCCCUCUCACGGUCGAAAGGCUCCUCCAGCACGGCAAGGCGGGAACUGGCGCGAACCUGGGCCCAGAGGCGCGGCGCCCGAGCGGAAGUGAUUUCGGUGCGAAUCUCAACAAAGGCAGCCCAGGCGACAAGAGGAAGGCGGGAGAUCCUUCGCCAGGGUCGGUCAAAAGCAUGAGGACAACGUUUUCCGCGGUGCAUGAUGACCUCGGUGCAAACCCCGGCACCCUCGGCACCAAGGAGUACUGGAUCCACGAAUUGUCUUAUUCACGCGGGUUCAAUGGCUGCAAAACUGGCCGGGCUGAGCAUCAGGCGAAGCAGUUGUUGACGAAGCUGAACGGGGCCGAGAAGAAGACUCUCCAGACGCAUAUCGACCUAUUCAACAAGUCGAAGCUGUUCUCCGAGGGGUCCUCUACGAACGUCGACGACCAGGAGCUGAUCGACGCGUGGAACGACCUCCAGGAGGCCGGGGCCGUGCUGGCCCCGAGAGCCUUCAGGGGCCUCGCGAAGCGCAACGUGAUGGGCCUGUGGCGCCAGCCCAACCAGCAGGAGGGCAGUGGUGCCGCCGCGCGCAAGCGAGACCUCCUGAAGCAGUUCCUGACCGCGUGCGUGGUGACGCUGGUGCAAGACUGCUUGCACGACAUCGACGUCGCCUCUACGUUCGUCGAGUGGGUCUUCUCCGACACGUUCUCAAACUGGCUGGCCGCAGGUGCCGCGUCCGCUGAGGACGCCGUCUUGUUCUGCGAACUUGCUGACGACGUGUUCAGCUCCUUGCCAGAGGACGCGAACCCUGGGGAGGCGUUUGUCAAAUGCUUCUUGGAGGCAACUACUGUCGUUCGCUUGCUGGUCGCACUGCGCUUGAAGUCCAUCGGUAAAGAUGCGGACCUGGCGAUCUUCGCCGAUGCCCACGUCCUCGACAAGGAGGCGAAGAGGACGACUGGUAACGCCUCGGUGAUGCAGGUCAUUGGCCAGUCCUUACUCACGCCAGCGGGCGGGCAUUGGGAGGCAAAGCUGAAGUGGGCGAUCGACACCUCGGACGCGAUCAAGAUCCACGGGCCGAAGCUGAAGCAGAUGCUGAUUGACCUGGAUUGCAUCAACGGCAUUGUCCCCCCGAAAGAGGUACACGCAACCACCGUGCUCAAAAUCGCGAAGGACAUCCCUUGCUUCGAGGUCGGCCUCUACGAUGGCGUAUGCGAUGCCGCUAAGACCGAGCUGUGGGCCAAGGCCUGCAGGAUUGCAGAAUCAAUGCUGGCUGCCAAACCGCCCGCGCCCGCCACCGAUGACGACAGCCUUAGCAUGAUGGCGCUCCAGCAGUGGAAGCCUCUGUUCAAGGAGCUCACCAAGCCCUUCCCGACCAACGAGCAUGUCGAGCGCGCUGGCCGCGCCAUCGCCGCGAAGAUUGCAGAGGUGAGCGAGCAUGACAGAUUCCUUCAGCUCGCGUCGUCCAUCGACAAUUGGGCUCAUGCCGACGGAAGCUCAACGGUUUCCUUGAUGACGUCGAUCAAGGAUAACCAGUCCAUGGAGUUCCCCGAAGAUGUCAAGGUUAAAUGCAUUGCGCUGUUCAGAAGGAUUGUCGGUAGUAUGUACACUGAUGGGCCGACUUCGCUGUGCGCGGAUACCGAUAGCCGCAUCUUCCUGUGUUUGGAUAUGGUCGCAGAGAAAGUUCCGAGUCAGGAUUGGCAUUCCACAACGCAGCCCGGCGCGAUGAUCCACUCUUGCUGGUCGGUGCUGCAGCUGAAAAACGCCAUCGCCGCGGAGCUUGGGGCAAUGACCUUCCGCCUGGUCAAUAAAGCGAAGGUGCACUUCAAGCCGCUGGCGCUGGACGCCGUCGUGGAGAACGCUUCGCCCAGCUUGGUGACGCUGCUGCAGGAGUGUGGCGACUUCUGCGGCAGCAUCGCGGAGGCCAUCCGCAAAAAGCACACCGCGGAUGUUGUCGAGCAGGGCUGCAACCUGCGCAAGGCAAUCGACGAGACCAACGGGUGCGCGGAUUGGGUGAGCAAUAAGUCAAAGGCGGGUUCGCUACCAGAGCUGCUUGUGUUCUACGAGAAGGGCAGGAAGGACGCGCCGACCCGCGAGUGGCAGGACAAGGUUGCAUCGCUCGAGAGCCUCGUCAUUGAAUGCGAGUUGUGCGCGUCCUUCGCCAAUCGGACGCUCGUGGGCAACAAGAUUUCACUGAGGGGCGCGAUGAUGGGAACGCAGAACAAGCUUCGCAAGUGGGAGCUCACGCCCGACGACAUCGACCCGCUUCUCGUUACGCGGUAUCGCGACGCACUGCGCAUGAAGUAG